AUGUCCAAGCCGAGUGAAAUUCCUCCUCCGAAUUUCUUCAAAAAAGUGCGAAACUACUUCAGAGAAUAUUGUUUGUGUACGAGCAUCCAUGGCUUCCGCUAUUUUGGCGAAAAACGCACCAUUUUCGAGCGUGUUUGGUGGUUUAUUAAUUUCGUGAUUUGUCUCGCCGGUUGUGUGUAUUUCAUCUACGGGGUGUACAAAAAAUGGGACACUAGUCCGGUAAUUGUCACUUUUGCGACGACCGGAACUCCGAUUUUCGAUAUCCCGUUUCCAUCGGUGACGAUUUGCCCGGAGUCGAAGUCAGUCCAGAGCAUUUUUAACUACACAAAAGUGCUUCAGAUGAAAGAAGAUGGGAUUAAUGUGACCCAAAUCGAAAAUACAAAUUUUGCGUAUUUGUCACUAUUGUGUGACCUUCGAGACGACCAAUUUUAUUCCAAAUUCACCGAUUACAAAUAUACUUAUUCUGAUGAUUUUUUCAAUGUUAUUAACACGGUUAAGGCCAAAUUUGACAUCCAAGAUUGUCGGUAUAUGGGCCUGAGUCACAACUGUAAGAACCUUUUCACCCCAAUUUUGACAGAUGAGGGGGUUUGCUACACGUUUAAUAUGCUUGACCGGAGUGAAAUUUUUAAUGAUUCAAUGGUUCAUUACCGUGAUUAUCACCAUGUUGGGCGCGUGUCCCAUCAAUGGACCAUGAAGGAUGGGUACACCCAAGACGCUGGGAUAUACGCGUAUCCGCGACGGGCCCUUUACGCCGGUGCUACCAAUGGUCUAACUUUCAAUAUUUUGACUCAGAAGGAGGACUUGGAUUAUGCUUGUACCUCGAUGCAGGGAUAUAGGGUUUUGUUGCAUACUCCCAUAAGGUUGCCCAGGCCUAGUCAACAGUAUUUUCAACUCCCCUUGGAUCAGAGAGUUGUCGGUGCGAUUCAUCCUCUUAUGAUUACGACUUCCGAAUCGGUGAAGAAGUUUCGACCGGAAAAAAGGGAAUGUUACUUUCCGACUGAUCGGAAGUUGAAAUAUUUUAAGAUAUAUUCGGCGUUGAAUUGCAUGAUGGAAUGUCUUACGAAUUAUACGUUGGAUGUGUGUGGGUGUGUCAAUUUUUUCAUGCCAAGAGAAAACGGGACAAAAAUUUGCGGUACCGGCUAUAUUGAUUGCCUGAUCUACGCUGAAGCUGCAAUGCAAGUGAAGCACCUCAAAAACCAACUCAAUCAAACGAAACUCCAGAAAAGCCCCGGUCUUGACGUCGACUGUAAUUGUUUACCAAUUUGCGACGACCUCACUUACGAAGUCGACAUUUCGCAGAGUAACUGGGAUUGGGAAAAACAGAAAGCUGCCCAAAGACAGAAAUACCAAAAUUACAGCACUGAAAAGACACACAUGUCCUCAUUGACCAUUUAUUUCGACACAAAUAGUUUCAUCAGAUCGCAACGCAACGAGCUUUACGGCCCGACGGACUUUUUGGCGAAUUUUGGCGGGCUUUUGGGGCUUUUCACCGGAUUUUCUAUACUCUCACUGCUGGAAAUUAUUUAUUUCUUGUCUGUUAGAAUGAUUUGUAACUUGUAUUUGUAUGGAUUUUGGGCAGGGCCUCAAACUUAA